GUGUAGCUCGUGCUCCACCCUCGGUAACAGGCAGUCAGCAGGUAGACGAUCAAUGAAAGCCCAGGGGAGGGAGACUACGAGAGGCAGGCUUCGGGACUUCGCUUAAUGUACAGUGUCUUUUUCCAACUUUUCAAUGUUCUUUAUGAAGACCAAUAACAGUGUUUUAACGACUUGCGUUCCUUCGAUUCUACAUUUGUUCUACAUUUUCAGUAUCUUCAGUAAAUUACUGGAGUUUAGCGUAUAUAUAUUUUUUCGGCAACCGCGGGAAGUAUUUCGUUUCAGAAUUGUUAUAAAUUUCAGACGUGGUACUCGGGAAAAGAGACAACUUUUUUGGAAGGUGGCAGGAAGCAAACUGGUUUUAGAUGCGUAACAACUUAAGCGGGCGAUAGACAUGUGAAUGCGUCGGCUGCAGAAAUGACACGUGAUUUCUACUGCUAAUUAAUUAACUAGUUAUAACAUGCUAUGUAAAUAAUUUCAACGGUUCCAUUGGAUUAGCUAGUUAAACAUGUUAAAAGUCCGGAAUGCUCCGUUGUCAACUUUAUGGUGGCAUUUUUGUCGAUAUUUAGUCGCUACAGAGCUUAUGAAAGUUACUAUAGCAUUUCCGUCGUUGUUUACUGUAUGGUCGACUGUCAUCUUGGAAUCAGUCGUAUCAACAUCAAUUUGACUUUGUUCAUCUCGGUUUCUGAAGUUCAACAAACCUUGCCAUUCGUUUGAAACCUAUAGGGAUACAGUGCGGUGGGGAUAGCCUACAUUCACACAUCUAGCGUAAAGAAUAGUAGGGGGAAUUGCUUUUGAGAUACUUGUUGCAUCUGGAGUCCGUCAGCGAGAUUUUACCAUUUUUUUCCUUGCUCUGGAAAUGUGACAUGGAAUACCGCUAAAUUGGAUACAUUUUUUAAACCAGACGUAACUGUAGCAUGUUUUUAGUGGGUUGGACACAUAAUUAAUUAUCAACAUUGUUGCAAAAGGUUUUUUGAAAUAUUGCCAGUGGUUGAAUAUUACAAGAGCCGGUGUUUUGGAAGUGUCCGGACUGAACCGACUGACAACUUUAACCUGCACGUUGAAAAUGAGAACUGGGCUACUGUUUAUCUCGUGUAAGGACUGGAGCUCGUGUUGUAUGUGAAGAGUGAAAUCAAUAACUUUUUUCAACUGGAACAAACUUUUAAAGCGGGGUAAGAAUUAAUCAGAAAUCCACAAGACAUGCAUCCACAAAGACAACAUGGCAGUCAGUGAGCCUUAAAACGUUGGAUUUAACCCUGUUUUUCGAAUAGGUUUCACGAGUUUUUACAUUUUAGAACCCACAAAGAGGAGGACCGUUGCUGGGCCAUAUAUUUAUUGUCCUGAAUCAACUCCGGUUGUUGCCAGCUUUGAAGUCCACGAUGUGCGGCCGGAGCCCGCCGCUGCAGCCGAUCCAAUGACCGUUCCCCAGCGGCGAUUGGCCGGGCUCUGGCCGUGGCUGCUCAUAGCGGCCCUGCAGGUGGUGUUCGGUCAGACGGGCCUGGAGCUGGCGGCGGCCGUAGAGACGGAGCGCUCGGCCCCCAGGGCUGUCAUCAAGGUGACACUGCUGAGACACGAGCCCACGGGGAAGCCCAUCACUCUGGAAGGGCUAUUCGUCGGAGGGAGCGCCGGCUCUGCAGAGGGGAAGCUCAUGCAGUCUCACCCUCUGUCCCUGUGCAACACCAGUGAAGAUGAGCGCCAGGAGUCUGACUUCAUCAGCAUCGUCAAGCUGGAAAGCCCGGAGCGCAAGGUGCCUCAGUGUCUGCCCCUGCUCGACAAGGCUCGCCUGGCACUGGAGAGAGGUGCUCAGGCUGUCAUCUUCGAUGUCACCGACGACAACGACGCUGCUCUCGAGCUGCAUGACUCUGACUCCCUGCCGCUUCCGGUGGUGCUGGUGAAGGCUGAGGAUGCUGAAGAGCUGAUGGGACUGGUUAACAAGAACGAGGAGGCAAGAGUCCGCAUCGACAUCAAAAAAGAGGACCCAAAAUGGCCCCACUAUGAUGUUGGUAUCUUGCUCACUAUAGUCCUGGCUAUUCUGGCCAUUGUUUUGAUCUUUGCCUUCCGGUACCGAUGCAAGUCCAACAGAACCUGGGACUCAGUCCAUCAGCAGACCAUGCGAGCCAUCAGUCGUCUGGAGACGCGGACGUACAGCUCUCAGGGCUGCGGGGGCUCACAGCGCCACCGUGGGGGCUGGGGGUCUAAUAGCAGCUCYAACUCCAGCCCCGUCUGUGCCAUCUGUCUGGAGGAGUUCCUGGAUGGACAGGACCUGAGGAUCAUCUCGUGUGCUCAUGAGUUCCAUAAGGAGUGUGUGGACCCCUGGUUGCUGCAGCACCGCACCUGUCCYCUCUGCAUGCACAACAUCAUGGGUACAGAGCUGUCACGUCAGCCCCAGAGGAGCAGACUGCAGCAGACCCCCGAGCACAGCCAGGGUUUCCUGCACCCCCACGCCCACUCCUUCCCCCAGCACCCCAUCCCCUUCUCCAUGAGGCCUCACUACCCCCGUGGCCCCUCCGGCCCCUACCCCUCCCUGGGCCACUACAGCAGCUCCCCACCCCUGGACCCCCAGACCCUCCGCUUCCUCCCUAGCUGGCCUCUUGGCUCUGGCUGUGGAUACAUCCACCCUACAGAGGGCCCCGGGAGGCCUCACAAGGCCGGGAGCAGCUGUAGGACGGCAGGUCACCCUCUGGGGUCCCACUACGGCCCCGGGUCCCACCGCUCCUGCCACGCCUACCACUCCGGCUGCCCUUCCCAGCGCAACGCCUCCAGUUCCAGGCUCCACCACAUCCCCUCCUUUGCUCCCCGCGCCUCCGAAGGGGGGGCCCAUAGCCGGGGGGGCGAGGGAGGCAGCUGCUCUGGGGGGAGCUACCGGACGGAUCGCAGUGGCUACCUGGCAGACGGGCCGGCCAGUGACUCCAGCUCUGGCCCCUGUCACGGUUCAUCCAGUGACUCGGUGCUCAACUGUACCGACGUGUCCCUGCAGGGUGUGUACGGUAGCUGGUCCACGUUCCGCAGCUCCCUAAGCAGUGACUAUGAUCCGUUUGUGUACUACGGGCCGAGUUUGGGACGGACAGGCCGCAGGGACAGCAUGGAGGCAGGGGCCCAGAGACCAAGGUCUCUGGACUCAGUGAUGAACAGAGACAGAGGACGAGGGAGCCCUGAGGAGCAGCCAAAGGCUGUGUUUAGCCACGUCCACUACCACCGCCACAGACACCACCACUACGGAGAGGACGGGGAGCGGGAGCACGCCCAGGGACAGGGGCCAGGCAGGGGGUCAGACGAGGAGCAGGGGGCUGCUGUUGCUAUUGGCUCUGGUACUGGUUCUCCCCCGGCUCUGGACAAGGACUUCCCAGUGUGCCCUCUGAAGCACAGCCCCUGUCAGUGCCCUAAGGCAGAACACACAGACAGUAGGGAGGCCCACGGCCACAGGAUAGAGGGUCAGGACCAUGAGCUUAGCCUCAGCCCCCCGUCAGGCCCUCCUCCUGUCCUGGUAGCACCAGCACCCUUAGCAGCCCCAGCCCCCUGCUGCCACCAGGACCACGGCCAUGGAGGCCACCCCCACCGGAGGGCAGACCGGCUCGGCGGCUGUGUCCUCGACGGCCCCUCGGUGCUCUUCCACCAGAGCCUGGAACUGCAGGACGACUGUAGCAUCCACAUUCACUACGGCCAGGGCCCCAGCUACUGCUGCCCCCCGCCUGACCUGCCCAUGCCUGUGCCUUUCAUUCUGGACUCUGGGGGUAUGGGGGCCCUAGGGGGCCUAGAGGACUGGGCCUGCUGUGGAGGGCCCCACCAUGUAGUGUGGCAAAAGCGGGUGCAGCAGGCCCACUCUGAGCCCCAGUUGCUGGGGCCAGGGCUGGGGGGCCCUAUGGACAGACCCCCGCCCCCAUGCAGCAGGCGCCACCACGGUCACCACAGCCCAGCGCACGACCGCAACACAGACUUUUGUUUAUACUGCCAAACAUUACACAACAAUCAGGGAUCAGAGGAGGAGUCCGGUGUGUGAUAACUAACUAACUCGAAAGGUGCAUCCCCAAACUCACGCUGCUACGUACCUAGGAGCCGGAAUGGACAAACACGUCAUCGGCGGCCAUCUUUCUCAAGUCUUCCAAAUAAUUCCACAUGAAAUACCUGCAUUCAAACUACACUUCCCAGAAUCCCCCAGUCAGUGCUGAGUUAUAUCUGUCAACAGAGAUCAAAAUGAGUUAGAUUGUGAUUAUGUUGAACAUUUGUUUCUUUUGACCAUCAAAUCAAUGAAAACACAAGUCAAGUAGAGACCUGAAAUUGCUCAUAUUCAUUGUUGAAUUUAAGUAUGUCACAAAGGGGAAAUUUGUUUUAUUCUCUUCUGCCUUGUUGUUGUUUUGUUUUGUAAAUUACACGAAGAAUUCAAUACCGACAUGAUAUUACAAGUUCCCAGUUUGCCUUAGUGACCGCUAGGAAUUCUCACUGCUCAGGACUUGAGCCUCGAUUCACAGUACGAAACUCCCCUACUAUUUCUCUCAGUAGAAAUCACAUGGACAAAUUGGAUAUCUAAUUCCUUGAGUGGUUAAGUACUUAAUCGAUUAUAUUAUGAGGUACUACUCAGUAAUACUUGAUUUUCCCUCAUUACUCCCAUAGAUGCUCAGUUGGAGGUUUCUUGCUCUUUCCAGCCUUCCUCAAAUCAGAUUCAGAAAUGUGUUCCAGUGGCGUGUGUAUCGCAAAGGUACUCAGAGCUACAGAAAAGAGCCUAGAAGCUUCUCUCUGGGCAACCUGCCCCAUUGGGGGAAAACAGUUAUUUUCUUAGCCGGCCUUACAAGAAGUGUGCAUCCUGAGAGGUCACUAGAGGCUAGCAUGGGGACAUGUGUUGGUUAAUUCAAUAAUGGCAGCUGCUUCCAUCACAUUUUGUUUGCUUUGUGUUUCGGUAAAAAAAUGUAGUCUGUAAUUUUGAACCAGA